UCAAACAGUUCCUGUUUUGGGAUGUGUAGUGUGCUUGAGGCUUUUCACAACACGAGAUAUCGCCCGUUUUGUUUUGUGCAAUGACUGCGGACUUUAGAAGUAUUUGAAAGUUUUUUUCUUAGCUAACGAAGCUAAGUUUGCAGCAGUGGAGACAUGGACUACUUAUUUUCUGUGACGGGCAGCAGCGCCAGAGCUGUCAGAGACGCAAUAUCUCAGAGACUGUGGCCCGGACCCGGACCCGAACAGGACACAGUCCAAACCCAACAGCACCAUGCUGGGACAGCUCACGACAACAACACCGUCCACUCAAACGCAGAUACCGGCCAGAAGAAGACACCAGAGAAGAAGGAUGGGAGGCGCAUGUCGUUCCAGAGACCCAAAGGGACCAUCGAGUAUUCUGUGGAAUCGCGGGACACGUUGAACAGCAUUGCGCUCAAGUUUGACACCACACCCAACGAGCUGGUUCAGCUGAACAAGCUGUUCUCCAGAGCAGUGGUGCCUGGCCAGGUUCUAUACGUUCCUGAUCCUGAGUACGUCUCCAGUGUUGGAAGCUCCCCUUCCCUCAGUCCCAUCAGCCCCCUGUCUCCCACCUCCUCAGAAGCUGAUUUAGAGAAGGUGACGGAUUCUGAUGGCCCCUCCAGACCAGAAGGAGUUCACCCCCCAGUGUUCUCUGCCCUGCGCCAGUCCAGAGUGGUGUCAUCCACCUCCGAGGAGGAAGAGGCCCUCACAGAGAAGUUCCUCAAGAUCAACUGCAAGUACAUCACUGAUGGAAAGGGUGCGGUGAGCGGGGUGUUGUUGGUGACGCCCAACAACAUCAUGUUCGACCCUCACCGGAUGGACCCACUGGUUCAGGCCCAUGGGUGCGAGGAGUACGGCAUCAUGUGUCCUCUGGAGGAGGUGCAGUCUGCCGCCAUCUACAAGGAGAUCACAGACCCCAAGAUCAGAGAGGCUGUGCCAGAUGACCUGGAGCCUCUGCCAGUUGAGAGACAUCCCUCCCAGAAGGAUCCAGAGCAGCGUCUAAGAGAGCCGGGGGCCAACGACAGCGGCAGCACGGCCCCCCGCAGCACUGAGGGCUCCAUCUCAGAAGACGUCUUCACCGAGUCGGAACUGUCCCCCAUUCGGGAGGAAGAGCAAGCGUCUAGCGAGGAUCUCCGUCUGGACAAGUCCUCUGGCGCUUCUACAGAGUCUGUGCAGACCGUGACCCAGGUGGAGGCCACCGGCUCCCAGGCCUCGGGCAGCGCCCACGGCUCAGCUAGCCAGCCGGACGAGCCUGCUGCUGCGAAAGCCUCUGCCACAGCAGAGGACAAUGCACCAGAAACUGCCACAGAAAAAGAUAGCCAGUCCCCCAUGGGAUCCAAGCAGCACAGUGUAGAGAAGCCACCAAGCACAGCCACUACCACCACCAGCAGCACCACUAGCCAGGCCCAGGGUCCCAGCAGCAGCACCUCUCGCCCAGGGUCCCAAAGCUCAGCCACCGCCGGUGCCACAGACACCCCCUCCGUCUCAGCCUGUCCUCAGGAGGAUGCCAAGGAGGGGACCGAGGUCUCCAAAACGGACACUAUGCAACAAGGGAAGGAGGAGAAUGUAGAACAGACGCAAAAGGACGGCAAACAGAACUCUGCAGAGGGUACAGGGUCUGGAGAGAGGCUGAAGCACCGCACUCACAAGUUUUUGUGUCUGCGGGUUGGGAAACCCAUGAAGAAGACGUUUAUUUCCAACGCCAGCGCAUCCAUGCAGCAGUAUGCUCAGCAGGGCAAGAAGCACGAGUACUGGUUUGCUGUGCCGCAGGAGAGGUCGGACCACCUCUAUGUGUUUUUCAUGCAGUGGAGCCCAGAUAUGUACGGUGAGGGGGUCAGGGGGAUGGGACAAGAGCCCGGGUUUAUGGUUGUCAAGAAGAACGAGGUGUCAGAAACCGCCGAGGACGAGCCAAUCACUGACCUCAAUGUCAAGGAGUGGGAGGUAGUGUCUCUGACGGAGUACCACCGUCGGAUUGAUGCUCUAAACAGUGAGGAUCUGCGCUCACUCUGCAAACGACUCCAGAUCACCACCAAGGAAGAGGUGAACUCCAAGCAUGGCUCGACAUCCGUCAAGACUGAGCUGGAGCCCGAAACGUUCAAACCCAACCUCAGAGAACCCAGUGACCUCCUGGAGGCCGACCAGAUAGAGAAGCUCGCCAGGAAUCUCCCACCACGGACCAUUGGGUACCCGUGGACGCUGGCCUUUGGCACAACGAAGCACGGUAUGAGCAUUAAGACACUGUACAGAGCCAUGCAGGGCCAGGACACCCCAGUGCUCAUGGUCAUUAAGGACAGCGACGGCCAGGUGUUUGGUGCGUUGGCAUCCGAGCCUUUUAAAGUCAGCGAUGGCUUUUAUGGCACUGGAGAGACCUUCCUCUUCACCUUCAAUCCAGAGUUUGAGGUGUACAAAUGGACAGGUGACAACAUGUUCUUCAUCAAAGGAGAUAUGGACUCCUUAGCUUUUGGUGGAGGCAGUGGCGAGUUUGGCCUGUGGCUGGACGGAGACCUUUACCACGGCAGGAGUCACUCCUGUAAAACAUUUGGGAACCCCAUGCUGUCGAAAAAGGAGGAUUUCUAUGUGCAGGACAUAGAGAUCUGGGCUUUUGAAUAACAAGACAGUGCACCACAGGGAAAGUCCUGCAAAAGGGCAAACCAAGGAGUCCUGCUCCUUAGAACAAUGGCAACGUCCCAAACCUAACUGCACAUCACCAGGGCUCCCCAGGGUGGAAGCCAGCUAUCGGAUGCUUGUUGUGCAUUACUACUGCAGUUAUUACGGAGCUUUUUUUCUUUGUGAAAAAUUACCUUUGUGUGUAUCUUGUUACAGCCUUGUGCAGCCUCUUUGCAGAGUAGGGGGGAGUGUGUAAAGCAGUGAAAAUAAUGGUGAAAGAGACAGUGAGACGAGGUUGCGUCAGUGGGAUGAAGAGAGGGAAGCAGGGAAGGAUAGAAAGAUUAAAAGGGACCAUCGGGCCUCCAAGAGGAAAUGACCAUCGGAGCUCCUCUCACCCGAGAGGUGGUGAAGAUGAUGGCGGCUGAGGUUUGGGACUGCUGCAAGAAGAGAGAACUGCCCUACUGGUCCAGAUUGUGCAUCUGAACUUCACAGAACCUCAAGGAGUCCCCAACACCCUCUCAAACCCCCUAAGAACUUUGUCCAUUCAGUAGGAUGUUACUCACUGUGCUGUCAGCCUUGACUGAGAGAGACCUAGUUAGAGGAAGAGAAAGACAAGCUAACAAAAAGCUGAACACAUUCCAUUACACAUGGUGGUGGUGGAGUGUCAAAGUUCUGGUUUGCAAUUUACAAAAUGCAUCAGCAGAAGGAUACGAUGACACUUAGCUCAGAGAACAAAAAUAUUUGCUGUGUGGGGGGGGACAGGUGAGUCUUUUUACAGUACAGUACAGUUUUGGGUUGUCUUCUGAGGCUAAACUAUAGAGUAUUGUGUAUUGUAGUCCUCCUGUUGUUCACUGUCAUAGCACACCAUCUGAAAGCACAUAGCUAUAAUCAGAUCACCCAUCGUCGUAAUGUUCUGUUCAGUGGGUGUACGUGUGAGUCCAGCUAACACCAGCUCCUCUCACAGGAUGCUGGCUGUACUGUUUGUAGACAGUAACGUGUUGCAAUAGAUUUGUGGAAUAUGCAAAUAACUGUCCUGUGACCUCAAAUACCCGCAGGUCGUGGCUCUUUUGCCGCCACCUGUCACUCUUUCAAGAGAGAAACUUGUAAAGCUUUUACGUCUUGAUACACAAUUGCUUUUCUGGGUAUCAUUUGAAAAGCCUGAGACGUGGUUAACUGUUUUACAUGCAUAUAUGACAAUUAUAUAUUGGUAUAUAUGAUUAUAUAUGGAAUUAUAUAAUCAUAUAUAUUUUGCUGUUAAGUGUGACAGUGAUCUAUUUGUGCUGAUAUUUCAGCUGUUACAAUAUAAUGUAUAUUACCCUGUAAAUUAAUGUUAAAAUAGUAGAUUUGUUCCAUAUAUACAUAUAUAUAUAUACACACACAUAUAUAUAUAUAUAUAUAUAUAUAU